GCACAAGUCCUUUACAGUCAACAUUUCUUGUUUCAAACACAUUCUUUUACAAUUUUGACCCAAAUUUAAGCAAAAUGUCUACCAACAAGGGUACUCGCCUUACACACAAAUCUCUCCCGCAACUUAUCAUUCCAUUAGGGAGUCGUCGGGUGGAGCCUGAGGAGAUUACAGUGAGCCGCGUCGAGGACUUCCUAGACUACUGUAUCAAGAACAAAAAGGCACCUAUCACGCGGCUCCCAGAUAUUGCCUUUAUCCCCCCUCCAGGCACUUCAGGCUCGAGUUCAGGUGAUACAGGAAACCAGGGGAAGGGAAAGGAGCCCGAAAAGAAGCCCAGCAGUCAUGAAGAUCAGGAAGAUCCGGAUACUCUCGCAUUUACGGAUUGUGAAUACGACAGGCUGGAGGCAUUGCAAGCAGAGCUUGCCAAGGUCAAGGUGCUACAUCAGAAGUUGUAUCUCGAGACGACCGUAGGCUCGAAUAAGAGGGAAGCAAUGGCAAAGUGCAAGAAAGCCAGAACUGAGCGGGAGCAUAUUAAUAACGAGAUCUCGGAAAUUUAUCGAAAGAGGGGGAUUCGCCGAGACUUUAGACGAGAUGCAAACCACCCUAAGGGAAUAAAGAAUUGGUGA